AUGUCGCUAAUCCCAUUGCUACGUGAACUUGAUGACACAUUCAGCGAAGUGGAAGAUUUCUUGGAGGCACCAUUUGGCCUUGGGAUACACCCUGUGGACAUCUUUAGACCACGUCGUCAUCGUUCCUUAAUGCUGCAUCCUCGUGGCAGCUAUUGUCCAUAUUUAGCCAGAUAUGGCCGCCAACGUAAAGAGUCGUCUGCUGAAAGGUCAGAACUAGUUCCAACGGUUGGCAAAGAUGGUUUCCAAGUGUGCAUGGAUGUUUCGCAAUUUAAACCCAGCGAGUUAACGGUGAAAACUGUGGACCGAACGGUUGUAGUCGAGGGAAAACAUGAGGAACGUGAAGAUGAACAUGGAUACAUUCAACGGCAUUUCAUACGUAAAUACACAUUGCCCAAAGGUUACGAUCCCAAAGACGUGGUAUCCACAAUAUCAUCGGAUGGCGUAUUGACCGUUAAAGCACCGCCACCACCGGCUAUCAAGGACAAGGAAAGUAAUGAACGUAUUAUUCAAAUUCAGCAAACCGGUCCAGCUCAUUUGAAUGUUAAGCAGCCAGAGCAGAUCAAGAAUGCUGCAGAAGAUGGUGCUAAAGAUAAAGACAAAUGA